AUGACAAAAAGGGGAAAAACCUCUCGCGGUCGUUCUCGAACGACGACGACACUAAAUAGUCGCGGUGAUGAAAGUCGUCGCAAAGGUUCGUCUUCUCUCGUAAAAGCCGUCGGUGGAAUUCUCGCGUUGCACUCAAUCUCGUCGUCGGUUUUUGUGCGCGCGUUCGACUUUAAAUCGGAAAAGAACCAAGCGUCGUACGAGAUGGAGGAAGAGAAGUUCGGCCCGUACGCGUUUCCGAACCAUCACAAGAUUCCGAACGAACGCGGGCCGUUCGGGGAAUCCUCGAGUUUUAAAGAAGCCGUGCAAGCGUGCUUGGAGGAAUCUCCAGUGCACGGGUUGUGUUACGACCAAAAAUACGGCGCGAUGAAAGAUUGGGACGUCUCGGAAAUAACCGAUUUUAGUUGGGCCUUCAGCGGGUACACGCACGUGAUCGAGAACAACGGGGAACCGACUGGACGAGCGAACUUUAACGCGGAUAUUUCCAACUGGAGACCGACGAAGGCGAAAAGAAUGGAUCACAUGUUUUAUUACGCCGUCGAUUUCAACCAAGACAUCUCCAAGUGGGGGUGGCGAGGCGGGAUGGCGCACAAGCAACCACAACCCGGGAUGUUUCAAGGCGCUAUUGAGUUUCAAAGACGGUUUAACUGUCCGGACGCGAUCGAAGGGCCGGUGCAUCAGUGCCGAGAAAACGAAGGGUGGAAGCCGCAGGAGAGCUACAUGAGGAAGGAUGGCGGUUUGAGCGGCGAUUUUCGCAAGUCGUCGGAGGGCGGCGACGGGGGCCUUUCUAAGCCGCGCCCGUUGUCCGGCGAGUUGGGCCACACCGAAAUCUCGGACGAAGACGUGGAAGCGUUUUUGAAAGCCGAGGACAAAGGUAUUCCGCUGUCCGAAAUCUUGAAGAUAAAGAAGUCUUUCGGAGGAUCGUCCUCCUCAGGUAAGAGUUCUUCCUCGUCUCGAGAACAAGAAGAACUCGACGAAGAGAACGACGACGAGUUGAAUCAAGAAAUUGAAAGCUUGAAGUCCAAGGCGAAGAAGUACGUCACGUCUUCGAAAUCGUUCGAUCCGUCGUACGAGCCGCGGUACGAAACACCGAGCAAGUACAACCAAAACAAAGUGACCUCGAACAGUUUCAGUUCGUACGCGUCUUCGUUGGACGGCGUUGGUCUCGGUGAAUCCGAGGGGACGACGCGCAAAGGCAGCGAGGAUGUGGAAACGGUGAAAAACUCCAAAUUCGAAGCGGAGAAGAUGUUGUUGAUGAAACAGUUAUCCGAUCUCGAGAACAAGAACAAGGAUUUGGAGAGCAAGACCAAGGGCAGCAGUUCGUCUUCCGACGACGACGGAGAGGAAGAAGAAGAUGUCUUGAAGACAGUCUUGGACAAGAAGCGCGCCGCUUCGUCCUCUUCAUCUUCUCCUUCCUCGUCCUCUUCGUCCUCGAAUGCGGACGAAAAGAAGAGUGGUGAUAGCUCGGAGUUUGAAUUGCUCAAAGCCAUGAAGGCGAAACUUGAUAGCGAAGUUCAAACGUUGAAAUCUGAAAUCUUUGACGUCAAAGACAGUCAACAAGACGAGGACAACUCUCUCAAUGAAGACGGUCACAAGUAUUUGGAGGAAGACAAAAUUCGCAACGCCAUCGGUAAGUGUUUGCAAGAAGCCGCCGUGGACGGCAAAUGCACCAAGUAUGGCGAAGAGUCCGGUUACGGCGAGAUGCCGGAUUGGGAUGUUUCGCACAUCACAAACAUGGAAAAGCUCUUCUACAAGAAGUGGCACUUCAACGCUGAUCUCUCGAAAUGGGAUACUUCGCACGUCACGAACAUGAAGAAAAUGUUCUACUACGCGUUUGAGUUUUCUCAAGACUUGUCCGAUUGGCAAGGUGAAGCGGCGGAGAACGAGCAAGACAACAUGUUUAACGGCGCCUCGAGAUUCCAAGCGAACUUUGUUUGCAAAGACAAAGAGACUGGGCCGGUGAAAACGUGCAUCUCGCUCGCCGCGAGCAAAGGUGAAGUCGAAAAGAAGGAAGAGGAUACCACCAAGGAAGAACCCGAACAAGACGAGGAAGAAGAAAAAGAAGACAAGGUACCGGUGAAAACGUUGGUGUCCGAGGACGAGGAGGAAGAAGCUGCCGAAGAAGCGGAAGCGGAGAUGCACAAGCACGACUUGGUGAAGCUCACCGACAAAACUUUGCACUCUGCCAUCUCCAAGUGUUUGAAAGAGGAUCCAGUCACUGGCAAUUGCGACAAGUUCGCCGCGAGCUCUGGCUACGGCGUCAUGUCGCACUGGGACACUUCUGAGGUCACGGACAUGAAGAAGGCUUUUUACAAGCGCGAAGACUUUGACGGCGAUAUUUCUCAGUGGGAUACCGGAUCGGUUACGAACAUGAUGUACAUGUUCUUCGGUGCGAAAAACUUUGACCAUUUCAUCGGCUCUUGGGAUGUUUCCAACGUUGCGGACAUGUCUUACAUGUUUUAUGAUGCCAAAAGCUAUAACAAAAACAUGGAUAAGUGGGACGUCGGGAAAGUCGUUUCAAUGCAAAAGAUGUUCUUCAACGCGAAAAGCUUCGAUAAGCCGAUUCACUUGACGUGGCAAGGUACCGCGGCGUCGACCAAGCAAUUACACUUGCUCAAAGACGCCAAGGCGUUCAACGAGAAGUAUUCCUGCGAAGAUGAAACGGACGGUCCGUUGACUUCGUGCUCUGAGAUUGGCGCCGCCGCCGGGAAGAAGACGGGAUCUUCCAAGAAGGUUUCUAAGGAAGAAGAAACUUCCGCCCCGCACGCGGACAAGAACGUGGAAACGAAGGAGUACGACAUUCAAGCGUUUGGCAAGUCCAUGACGGCGAAAUUGGAGUACGACGACGAGACUGGACAAGUGAAGGGUUGGAUCAUCGAUGAAAACGCGGGCAAAGAAGCCAUGCUCGGACAGCGCAAGCGAGGCACUUGGAGAUUUUUCAAAGCCGCCGACCUUGGCAUGGCUGCCUCGGGAGCCGAAAGCAACUUUAGAAGUUCGAUCGUCUACCCAUUGGCCGGUGCCUUUAUCGUUUUUGCGGCCGUAGCUGCCUACCGCAAACAACAACAACGACAAGAAAAGUUGUUGGUAGCUGAAACGAAAGAAGACGAUUUGGAGUCGCAAGGCGUCGCGAGUUCGGCGCGAAGAGGAUCCAAGUACGGAACCUUGGCGUAA